ACUCCUUAAAUUGCACUUUCUGCCAUUCCGCAUUGUCAUGUUUUCAGCCGGCUGAAAGUUGGAACAGAAAUUUCAGAUAUGUCUAGGGGAAGUAGUGCCGGGUUUGACCGUUUCAUUACAGUCUUUUCUCCCGAAGGGAGGUUGUAUCAAGUCGAAUAUGCCUUCAAAGCCAUCAAUCAAGGAGGGAUGACAUCAGUUGCUAUCAAGGGAGCCGAUAGUGCUGUAGUUGUAACCCAAAAGAAAGUUCCUGACAAGCUCCUGGAUGCGGACACUGUCACCCACGUGUUCUCUAUCACUGAGCAUAUUGGAUGUGUCAUGACUGGCCUGAUAGCUGACAGCCGGUCCCAAGUAUUCCGAGCUCGUUAUGAAGCGGCUAACUUCAGGUACAAGUUUGGCUAUGAGAUCCCAGUUGAGAUGCUAUGUAAACGGAUAGCCGACAUAUCCCAGGUGUACACACAGAAUGCACAGAUGAGACCGCUUGGCUGCAGUAUGAUUUUGAUUGGUUGGGAUGACGAGGUGGGGCCACAGGUUUUCAAGACAGAUCCUGCCGGCUAUUACUGUGGUUUCAAGGCCACUAGCGUCGGGGUUAAACAGACGGAGGCCAACAGCUUCCUGGAGAAGAAGAUCAAGAAGAAAUUAGACUGGACUUAUGAUCAGACGGUGGAGACUGCCAUCAAAUGCCUGUCCUCAGUUUUAUCGGCGGAUUUUAAGCCCUCUGAAAUUGAAGUCGCCGUAGUCAGUGAUGACAACAAGAAGUUUAGGGUAUUAACGGAGGCAGAAAUUGACUCUCAUUUGACAGCACUUGCAGAGAAGGAUUGAUGAAAUUGGUCAUCUCUCCAUUAGCUAUCUCCAAACAAAUCAAGCAGUCAUCAAGAAAUUCAUGCAGCACCACACUUUCUUUUGUAUCCAGUGUAACUGGUCUAAGUAGCCUAUGUUGUAGUCCUCAAAUUUUUUAUGUUGACAGUCUGUUAUUAAGGGCCAUUUGUGACAUUUGCAGCUUUCACUAAGUUUAAAGCAAGUUUUUCAAAUCUUGAAGAUAACAGAGAACUGUUGUAGCUGCGUAAGGAUCCAUUGCUUUGAGUUGGCCCAUGGUAAUGCAUUUUCCAGCACAAAAAGUAAGCACAACCUAGACAGAACAACAGGAUUCUGUACCUAAAAAACUGUGCUCUUGGUCUCUCUGAAUUUCAUCAGCAAAAUCAUUGUACAUGUAGUUGAUUUAUAGAUCUGGAAAAAACAUUGUUUUGUUACUCUCCUUUGAGAACCACUUCUUCGGAUCAGUUGUAAUCACAGAAGUGAAGGAAGACUUCUCUUUUCUUCUUGUGUUUUUUUCCCGCUUUUAUUUCCUUCAGUUGCUGGUAUGUUUGUCUUGCACACAGUAUAGGGGUGUAAAUGGGGAAUGCAAGGGCGUUUAGGGGAGGGAACUAUAGGGGCCAUGCCCUGUCCCCCAGAAAAUAAAGAAGAAGCACAAAAUUUGGGGGGGGGGUGAAACAUAAUGAGCCACAGGAAACAUUUCACUAGAUUUCAUUUCCACUUCUUCCAAAUGCAAGUGUAUAAAGCCCUAAAAUGUGGCCUCCACUCUCAGACAGGCUAUAAAAGGUUAUGUAAAAGUGUUUCAUUCCCCCCCCCCCCUUAUUCCCCAAAGUAAUUUUGCAUCCCACCCCCAAGAAGUUCUAGAUCUGCCCUCAAGAAAAUGUCAUCAGCUUGGAAUCUGAAGAUUGGUUCUAAGCCUUUGCUUUGUAAAUGUCUCUCUUGCAAGUUUUGCACACCACAACCUCAGGCAGCCGCCUUGGCCAAAAAAAAAAUAACUCAAAGAGAAUUUUAACAUGCUGUGGUGUGGUGUACACAUGUAUUUUUUAAUACACCAUACAAGUAAGAGAGCCCUGAAAUGAUACAGUACUCUACCUCUUAAAGCAAGCAAAGAAGGUGCAGUUGAGUUAAGGAGCAUUUUGGAUCAUGAAGGGUGGCUUAUACAUCUGUAUAAAUCAAUGGCAGUCCACACACUACAGAAGACUCUGGUUUGUCAUGCUGUAUUCUGAAUCUCAUACCAUGGUUGCUUCACCCGAAACAGGAAUGGCCCACAGGUGUAAUAACUGAGUGAUUUCAAAGCCAGAUUUGUCUUGAGAGGGAGGAAUAGAACCAGUAAAUUUCUGAGUUUUCAUUAAUUUAAGUAUUGUCACUUCAGGAAAAAAUCAACAGUUGUGAAUGAGAAACCUAAAAAAUGUUUCUUUUCAGACUUGGUUUAUAAUUUGACAGUCAAAUUCAAUAAAAGUUACUACAUGUAAUUAAAA